AUGGUGGAGGAUGUCCCUGCUAAGCCUACUGAUGGAGAUGAUGCUGAGACCAAGAAGGCAUAUAAGGAGUGGCACACUAGCAAUAGAAAGCCUAAAAGCUUCAUUAGAACCACCAUGAUAGAUUCUGUUAGAGGGUCGAUUAAGGAACUUGAAACUGCUUGGGAUCAUCUAGAGCCUAUUUCUCAGUAUUACAUGGAAAAUGAUCAAGCUGAGAUUUCUAGGUUGUCUAGGCAGUUUUAUGACAUGACUUUUUCUGGUGUUGACUCUGUGAGAGAACAUAUUAUAGGCAUGAUGGACAUUAAUGCUAGGCUUAGAGACUUGAAUAUGAGAGUUAAAGAUCACCAGGUUGUGGCUCAAAUGCUAGAUUCCUUGCCUGCCACCUUCAGUAACCUGAAAACCUUCUACAAUGCAUCUGAAGCCAAUUGUAGCCUCAACAAACUCAUGUCAAUGAGGAAGAGAGGAUUAAGAAAGAGUCCAAGCCAACCACUGCCAUUAACCUAG